UAAACGGUUUUCAUUUGUUGAACCAGAAGUGCUGCUGGUAUUCACAGCCAAUCACACUAAACGGGGAAAAUUUGAAUAAACAACAUAAUGAAACCGGAGCGCGACGCGCACUUGAGUGUGCAACGUCCGAACGUCCGUAAUCCGGUUGGCGGUUGUUGAUUAGCGGCGGCGGCGGCGAGAACGAAACAAAAACGUGAUAAGAGUUGCGCCACAAGCGAGAGCGCGCGCUUUAUGGGCCAAAUGGAUUUGACAUUGUAGAUCUGGGCAGAUGACUCUUAGAUUGAGAAGUACGGAGGAGAACAAUGACCAUGGCAGCGCGAGUACACGAAGUGAAGUGACCUGUCAGACUUGAAGAAACGGUGAACGAAAUAUUGCGGAAACGGGUGGCUCACCUGCCAUCACUCAUCUACAAUCUGUCUGUAUGCGCAAUCUACUCUCACCCGUGUGGUGCUCUGCCACACGUGAUUAUGAUUGCAUCACAUAAGCGAUGAAUUGACCCUUACUAAUUCGAUGCAACUAGCAAUUACCGUGUGUCGAUCGCAUAAAUCAGACACGCUGACAACGCUAAACUGGAGUUAAUUAAGAGCACGGCUAGGCGGAAUCGGCAACAGGCUUGUUGGAUUGCACUUGUUUGAAGUGAUCUAGAGUAUACUUGUAGUGCAGAACAAAAAACUCACCCAAUAAACAUGGCUGUGUUCGGACUGGUCUCCUCGGUGGCCGGCUUCAUCAAAGUCCGGUACCUCAUUGACAAGGCUAUCAUCGAUAAUAUGGUUUUCCGGUGUCACUACCGGUUGACCAGCGCAGUGCUAUUCCUCUGCUGUGUGCUCGUGACGGCAAAUAAUCUGAUCGGUGAUCCAAUUUCCUGUAUCAACGAUGGCGCUAUUCCCGGCCACGUGAUCAACACGUACUGCUGGAUUACGUACACCUUCACGCUCCCCGGGCAGCACGGUCGCCAGCAAGGCACGGCGGUGGCCCAUUCGGGCUUGGGCAACGAAUACAACCAGGAACGGACGUACCACAGCUACUAUCAGUGGGUGCCGUUUAUGUUGUUCUUCCAGGGUCUCCUGUUCUACAUGCCCCACUGGAUCUGGAAGAACUGGGAGGAAGGUAAGAUGCGCAUGAUUUCCGACGGACUGCGCGGAUCCAUGGCUCUGGUGCCCGAAGAACGUAAAGGACGCCAAUCCCGACUCGUUAGAUAUCUGGAGGACAGCAUGAAAACCCACAACACCUACUCGCUCGGUUACUUCAUCUGCGAGGCGCUUAAUUUCAUCAAUGUCGUGGGAAAUAUAUUCUUUGUGGACAAAUUUCUGGGAGGUGCUUUCCUUACCUACGGCUCGGAUGUGCUGAAAUUCAGCGACAUGGAUCAGGAAAAUCGCUCGGAUCCAAUGAUAGAGAUCUUCCCGCGUGUGACUAAGUGUACAUUCCACAAGUAUGGAGCCUCUGGUAGUAUCCAGAAGCACGAUGCUCUCUGCGUAUUGGCCUUGAACAUCCUGAACGAAAAGAUCUACAUCUUCCUGUGGUUCUGGUUCAUCAUCCUGUCGGUCCUCUCGGGUCUCGCCAUUCUCUACUCGGCCGCGAUCGUUAUGAUGCCUACGACCCGGGUGGCCGUCCUCAAGCGUCGCUUCCGCACGGCCACCUCGAAGCAGCUGGUCAACCUGACCAACCGGCUCCAGAUCGGUGACUUCCUGAUGAUACAUUUGCUCGGCCAGAACAUCAACGUGACCUCGUACUGCGAGGUGCUGGACUCGCUCAUCAAACGGAUGGACAUGAAACCGAUGCGGGACACCCCGUCCGCACCUUCAACCCUCGAAAUGGCACCAAUCUAUCCGGAAAUUGGAAAAUACGCGGACAAGGAGAAGGCAGCGCUGCACCAGGAAUACGAAGCAUAAGGCUAGGGGACUAGAUACAACACAGAAUAGGGAGGGAUGUUGUGAACCAAGAAAAGUAACCGAGUAUGAAUGUUGUGCGCAAACUUCGGAUAGUAAACAUUCCCGCGCGCAGAGUGCAUUAACAAACAAACAAACAAAAAGAAGAACUCGAACAUUUUUUUUUCAUGUACGAAUGAGACGUGGCUGUGUGUGGUCGAUCCCCCCUCGAAUCCUCCUCGGUUAGCAGGAAUGUGAAUUUUUGUGAAGAGCCGAUUUUUUGGCGGUUCUAGGUUAGGAUGAAAAGAGCUAUAUAUAUUUUUUAUAAUCUGUAGGAAACUUUUAGGGCGAGUAAAGGAGAAUAUUUUCCAUGAGAGUUCUCGCAGCAACACGGAACGAGAAUCUUUAUUAUCGACGACGGAAGAGAGAGAGCAAAUACACCUAGCAAAUGAGAAGACUGCCUCUUGAAAUUUUUUAUAUUAGCAAAAAAUAGAGAACUCGGAGAGAGGAAGUAAUGUAAUAAUAUGCCAACAAAUGUGAAACUACUUUAUAUGUAUUUUUUUUAGCUUAUUUCGGAGCAAAAUUGCUGUUCUUCUCAUGAAAUUUUACGGUUAGAACCUAUAGAGAUAGUGUUAGGAGUCGACCAGAAUCGUGAUAGUAUGCGUUAAACCUUGAUGAAAUGGCCACCACACGCGAGGACAAUACUUUAAAUCAAUAACAAUUUGCCAUAAAAUGUAAGACAUGUAAACUGCAAUCUCUCAGCAAGAACACACAAACACACACAUACAAUAUAAAAGCACAAUAGGCUAGGACAAGAGCGCAAAGUGGUAAAACGAGAGAACAGACGCCAGCAUUUAGAAGCACACCAUUCGAAGACGCAGUUCAGAAGAUUUCCACAGAUAUGUAAUGGUUUCCACAUCUCCAACUUUUUAAACACUAUUUUUAUCAUUAUUUUUAAAGCAACAAAACAACUCAAACACUCCCAUUUUUUUAGUAGGUAGAACAAUUUUAAAGGACAUUCUCGAAUCGUGUACGCGUUUAAAUAAUAAAAAAGCUGCCUUAUAAAAUAACGAACGAAGCCCCACUCGUCUCGUGAAGAUUAAAAUCACGAAGCCUCGAUCGAAUCCGAUAAACUUGAAACAAUUCCUCACCGCUCCCAAUUGUGUGCCAAGUGCGCACUUAUAGGGGGCGUUUCUAAGUAAACAAUCGAUGAAAAACAAAAACGGAACCCCGAGUUAGUAGGCGAAAAUACUACUUUUUCUAUUGAAUAAGAGAUGAAGAAAACAAAAAAAAACACUUACAAAAUGACGCAGAGAUAAAAAAAGGCGAGAUGGCGAGAGAGAAAAUUUAUUGUGAUAAGAUUCAAAUUUAGAGAAAAUAAAGUUUUAUUAAGAGACAA